CAGAGCCCAACUCUUGUUCACUAGGGGUACAUUCUUAUUGCUAUACUCGGGUAGUAUUUGCAGUCCAACGGAUCCCUGUCACUCUGUCUGUUCUCGGAAUAGUCUGAUCAGAGCUUCCUCUUGUGACUUGAGCCGAAUAGUCGCCGUAUCUUAUCAGUGGGCAGCCCCCCCCUUCGUCGUAUUCUGGUACGACAAUUUCCAACUUGUUGACGACAGCUCGCUACACAAUCACCUCCUGAUUAUGCAAGAUGGCGACAACAGCAGCCAUGCAUCCUCAAACACACCUGGGCGGUGCGGACCAUGAGCCGAAGCUUGUCAAUAGGCUGCGGGAUAGCAGGUCGCCUUAUGUCAGAGCUCACAUGAACAAUCCGGUCGCCUGGCAAUUAUGGGAUGCAGAGGCCAUCGAAUUAGCCAGACGGUAUAACCGACUCAUCUUUUUGAGCAUCGGUUAUUCAGCGUGUCACUGGUGCCAUGUCAUGGAAAAGGAAUCGUUCAUGUCGCAAGAAGUAGCCUCGUUGCUGAACGAAUCCUUCAUUCCGAUCAAAGUCGACAGAGAAGAGAGACCUGAUAUCGACGACGUUUAUAUGAAUUACGUCCAAGCUACCACCGGCUCUGGCGGCUGGCCUUUGAGUGUAUUUCUGACACCCAAUCUUGAGCCUGUGUUUGGUGGCACCUACUGGCCUGGCCCGAACUCAUCAACACUCUCCAGACAGGACACAGUCGGAUUCGUGGAUAUCCUGGAGAAACUGCGAGAUGUGUGGAAGACUCAGCAGCAGCGAUGCCUCGAUAGUGCGAAAGAGAUCACGCGACAACUGAGGGAGUUCGCCGAGGAAGGAACACAUGCCCAACAAGGCGAUCGGCAGGCGGAUGAGGAUUUGGACAUCGAGCUUCUGGAGGAGGCCUAUCAGCACUUCGCUUCGCGAUAUGAUACUGCAAACGGAGGCUUUUCCCGGGCGCCCAAGUUUCCCACGCCUGCCAACUUAAGCUUCCUCCUGCGCCUGAAGACAUACCCAAGCGCCGUGUCGGACAUUGUAGGAGAAGAGGAGUGUGACAAGGCAGCUGCCAUGGCAGUGAGCACGCUCAUUAGUAUGGCGCGCGGAGGAAUCAGGGAUCACAUCGGCCAUGGUUUCGCGCGAUACAGCGUGACCGCGGAUUGGAGUCUGCCCCAUUUUGAAAAGAUGCUUUACGACCAGGCUCAGCUUCUGGAUGUAUACGUCGACGCGUUCAAAAUCACGCAUAACCCUGAACUCUUGGGUGCCGUAUAUGACCUUGCCACCUAUCUCACCACCGCCCCAAUUCAGUCGCCUGUGGGUGCUUUUCACUCAUCCGAGGACGCAGACAGUCUGCCAACGCCUAACGACACGGAAAAGCGUGAAGGAGCCUUUUAUGUCUGGACUUUGAAGGAACUCACGCAAGUUCUCGGCCAGCGAGAUGCUGGUGUCUGCGCUCGACACUGGGGGGUCACUCCGAGCAAGCUCGCAAGAGAAUUUGGGUUGAGCGAGGAGGAGGUCGUGAAGAUCAUCAAGUCGGCAAAACAGAAACUACGUGAAUACCGUGAGACGACACGGGUACGUCCCGAUUUGGAUGACAAGGUUAUUGUGGCUUGGAACGGACUUGCCAUCGGUGCGCUCGCCAAAUGCAGUGCCUUGUUCGAAGAGAUCGAAAGCUCAAAAGCUGUGCAGUGUCGCGAGGCAGCAGCACGAGCGAUCAACUUCAUCAAGGAGAACUUGUUUGAGAAGGCGACGGGCCAGCUCUGGCGUAUCUAUCGCGAUGGUAGCAGGGGAGAAACACCUGGCUUUGCGGACGACUACGCUUAUCUCAUUCACGGUCUGUUGGAUAUGUAUGAAGCUACGUACGACGACAGUUAUCUACAAUUCGCGGAGCAGCUGCAGAAAUAUCUCAACGAUAACUUCCUUGCCUAUGUAGGCUCGACACCAGCGGGUUACUACAGCACACCUUCCUCCAUGACACCGGGCAUGCCGGGUCCACUUCUUCGUCUGAAAACUGGAACCGAGUCAGCUACACCAUCCAUCAAUGGGGUCAUCGCUCGUAACCUGCUCCGUCUCUCGGCACUGCUAGAGGAAGAGGAGUACCGUACACUGGCCCGCCAGACAUGCCACUCCUUCUCCGUGGAGAUCCUGCAGCAUCCUUUCCUGUUCGUUGGCCUCCUUGAUGUCAUUGUCGGACUCCAGACGACAACACGGAGCGUAACGGGGGUCUUCUGCACUGCAAACCUUCCUCAUAGCGUUACUUCGGAAGGGUCUGGUAGACUCAUCAACAAGCCAGACGAGCCCGUGUCUGUACGGGAUAUGAUUAUCAAAAAGAUCCGGAGCGAGGCUGGGUCGACGAUGGUCACGUCGGCUACGGUCACAUCACUAGUCGACAUCAGGCCAUCCCAUCUUGGUGACUUUGUUGGCAACCAGUCUUUCUGGCUCAGGACUCGGAACCCACUAUUCAAAGAGCUCAAGCCAUCGGAGCCGGCGAAGAAUUAUUUGAUGGUCUGCGAGAGCGGCAGGUGCACGAUGAUUGACGUCUAAAAGUGCUGAUAGAGUUAAUUUUCGAUUUUGCUUUUCUU